AUGGGGGCCAGGAAGAAGGAAGCCUCCCGCCGGGAGCGGCAGGGCGUCUCGUCCGACGGGAUGGGAAAUGUCAAGGUGAAGGGGGAGAACUUCUACCGAAAUGCCAAAAAGCUCAAGACGUUGAACAUGCUUAAAGACGGAAAGGCGCAGAGAAAUGCGGCCGGAGACAUUACCAAAGCAGCCUCCUAUCAAUCUCGAGAAAUCCCCAAAGCACGGGUAGAGCCGAAUCGGAAAUGGUUUGGGAAUACUCGAGUUAUAUCCCAAGAGGCAUUGGAAUCAUUCCGACAAGCAGUGGCUGAACGGGCGUCUGAUCCGUACCAAGUCUUGCUCAAGACGAACAAGUUGCCGAUGAGUCUGAUCAGGGACAAUGAAAACACCAAGAACGGCAUCAAGCAGCAUCAAGCGAAAAUCGCCGUCGAAUCCGCUCCAUUCGCAGACACCUUCGGUCCCAAGUCGCAGAGGAAACGAGUGAAACUCAGCGCCGCUUCGGUGAUGGAUUUGGCCAAUGAAUCGGUCAAGAUGCACGAUAACUACCUGGAGCGGUUAGAAGAGAACAAGCUACUCAGCGGCCAGGCUGCCGAAUCGAUGCAGGGACAAGAAGAAGGCGAACUAACAACUGCUCGCGAGCCGAUUUUCUCCAAGGGCCAGAGCAAACGAAUUUGGAAUGAAUUGUACAAGGUCAUCGAUUCGUCUGACGUUGUGAUCCACGUUCUGGAUGCUCGGGAUCCUGAAGGGACAAGGUGUCGUAGUGUGGAAAAAUACAUCCGAGAGGAAGCGCCACACAAGCACCUGGUCUUCGUGCUGAAUAAGUGCGAUCUGGUGCCUACCAAGAUAGCGGCCCAAUGGGUGCGAUUACUGUCAAAAGAAUAUCCCACGCUAGCAUUCCACGCGUCCAUGACCAACUCAUUCGGAAAAGGCUCUUUAAUCACACUGCUACGACAAUUUUCAACUCUUCACGCCUCCAGAAAACAAAUCUCGGUGGGCUUUAUCGGAUACCCUAACACAGGCAAGUCCUCGAUCAUCAAUACACUCCGGAAAAAGCGGGUCUGCACUGUCGCUCCCAUUCCUGGAGAGACGAAGGUCUGGCAGUACAUCACUCUGAUGAAGAGAAUCUACCUGAUUGACUGCCCUGGAGUUGUGCCCCCGAGCCACGGCGAUUCAGAAGAGGAUAUCUUGCUUCGGGGUGUAGUACGGGUGGAAAAUGUUGAACAUCCUGCACAAUACAUCGAAGCCGUCCUGCGGCGAACUCAGACACGCCACAUCGAACGAACAUACGAGAUGAAAGCCUCCGAAUACAAUAAUGACCCGAUGGAAUUUCUUAGCAUUCUUGCUCGCAAAGGCGGCAGAUUAUUGAAGGGUGGUGAGCCGGAUGUAGAUGGCGUUGCCAAGAUGGUGCUCAAUGAUUUCCUGCGUGGCAAGAUUCCAUGGUUCACGCCUCCGCCAAAGAGAGAAGGCACGGAGGCGGCUGAGGAGGAUGGCUCGGCGCCACUCGUGGAGGGGCGUGAAGGUCGGUUGGGAGAGAUGCCCAGCAAAAGAGGCGCGGAAACCGCUCAGUCAGAGGAAGACGAGGAGGAGGCUGACUCCGAGUCCGAGGCCGAGUCACAGGACGAACAGGAUGCGGAUCAAACGCAUAAAGACGACGACUUUGCGCAAUUUGACGAUGACGAUGACAACGACGAUACGAACGCUUCGGAAAGUGGGGAUAAUGGCGGGACCCAACUGUGA